AUGUCUGAAUCGUUUGAGAUCACUCUGCAAGAACUGUAUCGCAUAAAAUGGUACGAAACCUUCUUCCAUCUUUUGGUGGCCUGUUUAAGCUUGGCAGACCCAAUAACCGACAUUUUCACACUGGUGGGAUUCUAUCGCGCAGAUCACGUGACAUGGUUUAGUGUGGGUCUUGUAUUUGUUAUUUUGCCCUGCCUGUUUUAUCCACUUUCGCACUACUUUUCCGCGGAGAGUGUUGCUCAAAGAAACAUGGAUGCAGCUUUGAGUCUGAAUACCUUGAAAUCAGUAAAGACAAAGCAUUUACGUGUACUUUUUCGUCUGCACCCCUUUGCCCCCUUCUUGACAAAACUACAAACAUUUUGGAUGUGCCUACGGCACUAUGACGACAUAUGGAAAAGAUCAAGCCAGUACCAUAAAACAGAGCUGCCAACUCGACCAGAGUGGGCCACUGAAAAGACGGACGCUCUACUCCUUCAGAAUAAGAUAGACACACUUUUUGAGGCCCUUCUGGAAUCAGCGCCACAGAUCUUAAUCCAGCUCUUCGCCAUAGGCGUUCAAGAGGAACCAGUGCAGAAUAUUCAAAUGAUCUCUUUACCGCUAUCAUUCCUGAGCUUAUCGCUGUCUUUUUCAACUCUUGAUAAAAUGCUACAUGACGAUGAAAUCGGUGUCCUGGACCUGAAACACGACGUUUUACUCUUUGUAACUGAGUUACUCAUUUUGAUUGGUCGACUGUUUGCUAUCGCUUUCUUUAUCGUUAGUUACAAAUGGUGGGUUUGUAUUGUGAUAUUUUUACACGCCAUUAUAUUGAUGGUAAUCGACAUCUUGUAUUGUUACCAAACUGGCAAUUUAAAACGUGAAGCAGCAUUAGUAGCUCCUUGUUUCUCAUUACUCAAUUGGCUUAGAGACGAUAUGUCUUUAGGUUUGUACGUGGAUGCCUCGGCCAGUGCCAAUAGAAACACUCGUAAACAUUUUAUAAAUAUGCAGAAUUUGUGUAAUAUCUUAUUUGUCCUAGAAAACCUCUCAAUGAUAUCACUAUUCUUUUUAAAGGAACGCUUUCACAACUGGUACUCCCUACCUCUUCUUAUAUGCGUCAGUUUAUUUAGUUACCUUGGCGCUACGUUAAGAUAUUUCCAUUUAAGGGAUUUGCGACAUAAUUAUGAGCCCUACACCACCAAUGAGGUUCGUUCCGCUCAACAGGCAGGUCAGUUUCAAAGAGUGACGUUUGUUUAG